UUUGAUCUGUUUUUAGGUUCUUUCCUGUAAAAAAUGUUCAGUGCUUACGAGUUCAAAGCAGAAUUUUGGUUCAUAGCUAAUGGGAACACUAUAAGACAGUAGUGCCCUAAGAGCAAUACUAUGUAAUCUGCCAAGAGAAGUAGUGAGACUCCAAUAGUUUGAGUCAUUUGAAGUUCAAUUGGACAAAGCACUGGAGAAUAUACUGUGUAGGUAGGUCAUAACCCUGUACUCUUAGGAAACAGACCUGUUAGAUUUUUUUCCAUCCCAGGAGAACUGACUGGGCUGAUGCUAGUAGAAUAGAUCACCCCUUUAGUCUAUGUCCUGACCCCUGCCACUUCAUUCUCCAGCUUCUCGGAGCAGCACAGCCAACUGAAAGGAAUAAGCUAUAAAGCGUAUCCAACAAUAUGUCUGGUCCCAGCCCUCAAGGUCCCAACUGGAGCCAGAAGUCAGAAGACGAGGAGGAUCCCUUGGAUCAAAUGAUCUUGCGCACUGGCUGUGCCACUUUCCAUUAUGCAGUGCAGGAAUGCAUGGCCGAACACCAGGACUGGAGGAAGUGUCAGCAGCAGGUACAGGCCUUCAAGGACUGCAUGAAGGAACAUCAGAAGCAACGAAUGGAGGAACUGCAGAAGAGGCAAAUGUUAGCCCAGGCCAAGAGCUGACAGAAAAGACUCAAGCUUGAAGCUCAAGAGAUCCAAGAGUCUAACUCAGCCAGAGUGUGGAGAAUUUAACUUCUGAGAAGUAUCCUGCUGAAUCAAAGAGAGAUAAAACCUACUCCCUCUUGGGACUUGGCACGUGUAUUAAGGGGACUGAUCAUAGUAAUCAGGAUGGGGGUGACUUUGCUGAUGAUGUCACUGAAUAUUUUUUAUAGUGGAAAUAUCAGGUAAAAUUUUAUUUUAAAUUUUCUGCUGAAAAAAUAAAUGGAUUCAUUGUUCCUAC